AUGGCUGAAAUAGAAACUGUGCAAGAGAAUUCAUCGAUUGUUGUUGUUGUACCUAAUAAUAAAAAUCCAGAUACUAAUGAAAAGAUAUCAGAUCAAAAUUCUCAGCCUAAAAUUGAAACGACAUCAACAUCUAAUAAUAAUUUUGAAUCAAUAAAACCUUCAAAUGAUAUUCCAAGAAAUCAUUCCACGCAUAAUAAUUCAUUUAAUGAUAUGACUAAUGGCAUGCCAAGAUUAUCUGCGUAUAAUAUGCACCCAAGAUAUCAUCCGAAUUCCAGUCGUUUUCGUCCACAAUUAAAUUAUUCACAUCGUUAUCCAACAUCUGCUGUUUCGUACUUUCCUUCACAAAUGCAUCAACUUACUACUCAAGCAGAAAUAGCUGCUUUUACUCCACCGUUGAUGUCACUUCAAUUUCCUGAACAGCAACCUUCUAUAAAUCAGCGAAAUUAUUAUACACCGAGACCAUAUACAAGGCAUCAUUCAAAUAAACAAACAUCUUCAGCAAUUCAGAACAAAUCGGAAACAACAGUAUCACAACCAGAAUAUUAUGUAGAUAAUUUUGCACCAAAUUUUUCGGAUAAACCCUCAUCUUCAACUAAUAAUGAUAAUAAUAAAUCUAAAACAAAACAUGUCACUUUUCUAGAACCAGAAAAAGCAAAUGAAUUAUCAACAAAUGUCUCGAAUAAUGUAUCAUUUUCACCAUCAUUAGCAAAUAAUUCUGUUCAUUCAUCUUCUACCUGGUCAUCACCAGUUCCACCUAUGCAUUAUCCUCCAUAUCACCUGAACCAAUAUCCUUAUCAUAAUCAACGAUAUCCUUACAAUCCUUCUUAUCCACAAUAUCCUAAUAUGAUGAUGAAUCAAACUUAUAUAGAUCCUCAUUAUAAUAUGAAUAUGAUGCCAACAUAUCCUUCAUGGCAGCCACGAUUAUAUGAUCCGACACAACAACAAUCACAUGUUCCUUAUCCAUUUCAACAAAAACAACUCUAUGAUCCAAAAAAACCUAAAACAUCAGCAACAUCUGAAUCUCAUAAUACACCGAAAGUAAUUCGUAGUAUCACACCAAAAAAUAAGAAAAAAACAAAACAAACAAAUAAUAAUGAUGAUUCAAUUGUAUCAACAUCUGAACCUAUUCCACAUCCAAUAACUAUUCUUCGUAAACCGAGUACAGAUACUGAAAUUACGACACCAUCAACAUCAACUGAGAAUAAACCUUUUUUCCCAUCUGAAGAAAAAGAAGAAGAAGAAGUGCAACAACCGACUAUUACACCUGUUGAAGAUCAUUCAAAUGUCCCAUCUGAAAAUGAACAGAUAAAUAUUCCAUCUAUAGAUAAUCAAUCUGAAUCAAAUACAGUUAUAUCAUUAACAACUCAUGAACUUUUAUCUAUUCUUCAAAGUGCAAAUUGUAUAUCAACUUUAAAUGAAUAUGCUCAACAAAAGAAAUUUACAAUAAAUUAUGAAUUUUCUUCUAUAUCUCCAUCAUUAUUUACAUGUAUAAUUUCUAUUAAUAAUCGUCAAUUUCCAGCAUCUUCACCCUGCCCAUCAAAAAUUGAAGCACAAAAAUUAGCAUGUGAUCAAGCUUUACGUACUCUCUAUCGUGAAUUAAGUACUAAUGAACAAUCUUUACCUGAUCUUUCAAAUAUACAUGAUUAUAUUGCACUUCGAUCUUUAUCAAAAUUUCAAGAUUUAAAUGUUAAUGAAUUAUUAUUAGGUCGAAAAACAUUAGCAUGUAUAUUAAUGGUAACAAAUGGUCAAUUUGAUCAAGCAUGUGUAAUUAGUAUUGGUACAGGUAAUGGUUGUCUUGCUGAAACAAAUUUAGUUUAUGCCGAUGAUGGAACAGCUUUACAUGAUUGUCAUGCUGAAAUACUUGCACGUCGUGGUCUUAUUCGAUAUUUAUUCGAACAAAUUAAACAAUCAAAAGAUAGUAAAUCAUCUAUUUUUCAAUAUAAUUCAACAAUCAAUAAAUAUGAACUUCAUGAAAAUAUCACAUUUCAUAUGUAUAUAUCAUCAUUACCAUGUGGUAAUGCUUCCUUAGAACUUUCAACAAAUUCUAUACGUUAUAAACAAGGUCAAAAAGAAGGUACUAUACUUGCAUCAACAGAUACAACAAUAAAAUAUCCAAUUAAAUCAUGUAGUGAUAAAAUAUGUCGAUGGAAUAUCUUAGGUAUUCAAGGUGGUCUUUUAGUAAAUUUACUUACAAAACCAAUUUAUCUUAAUACAAUAACAUUAGCAUGUGAAACAACAUUUAAUCGUAAUCAAGUGAAAUAUUCAUUAUGUGAACGUUUAAAUGAACAUUGUCAUUUAUUACCAACUCCAUUUGUAUUUCAUUUACCGGAUAUUGAUUGUCCAAAAACAAAAACAUUUCAACAAGAAAGACAAGUAGCAAAACUCCAGACAAGUGCAUUUGCAUGGAAUAUUACUCAAUCAGACAGAAAUGAAUUAUUAGAACCCAUGACUGGAAAAUUGAAAAAUGAUCGAUCAAUAUCAUCUUUAAGUAAACAAAAUCUUUUUAAAGAUUUUACAAAUUUUAUUCAAACAAAUGACAAUUCUCUAUCCUAUACAACAUAUCAACAAGCUAAGCAACUCAAUAAAACAUAUGUUAAAGUAAAAGAAUUAAUUUCAACAGCAUUUCAAAAUGUAUCAUCUGAUAUAAAUAUAUCAUGGUUAAGUAAAAGUGAUCAACUUGAACAAUUUUCAAUUCAAUAA